UGUAGCACCGACCUGGGUGAUGCACAGCAGCCAUUUUGUACCAGAACACUCUCUAAACAUCAGCUGAGGUGGAGAGGGAGAGAACAUUUUUUAGCCAAUUAAAUUGAGGGAUGAUUAGGUGACUUUGCAGUCAUGGGAUCUUUAAUGAGUCAGUGUCAGGACCUCAGUCUAAUGUCUCAUCCGAAAGAUGGUGUCUCCUACAGCACAGUGUCCCCAUCUCUGCGCUAGGGUAUUAGGGUUUAUUUUACCAGAGGGAAGAUGGCCCCCUAUUGGCCCAUUUAAUGACCACUCUGAAGCAUGAACAAAUGCAGAAUACAAGGGCUUAUGGUUCUCAAACAUGCUAAGAUGGAGAGAUGUGCAAGGCCUUAGCAGCAGUGCUCUGGACAUGUCCUAACUCAACCCCACCCUGAACCGGGUGGACUUGUGCAGAAAGCCGCGGAGGAGAGGAUCGCAAAGAUCCGGCAGGCGGACAUUCUGCGGAAGAAAAGGCAAGGCCUGAGUCGGCUGGAGGCGGAGGCCCGGGAGGUGGCCCAGUACGCGGUGGAGCGCGCCAACGAGUUCCGGAUGGAGGACGACCCGGAGAUGAAGAGCCUCAACGCUCUCAUCCUGGGCGCCAAGUGCUUCGCGGAGCGCGACGUGCAGGUGCAGGAGAGGAGGCAGAUGGUGGCGGUGGAGGAGGAGGAGGACCGCCGCUUUGACUCCGCGAUGGAGCAGGACCGCCUCAACGCCAUCAGGGCCCAGGAGGAGACAGACGCCAUGCGCAAGGAGGAGAGGCUGUGGGGUAAGAUACGUAUCCAGGAGCAGAUUGAGGAGCGAAUGGAAGAGGGACGACUGCAGGAAGAGUUGAAACAGCAGGAGAAGCAGAAAUUGCUGGAAAACAUGGAGCAAAUUAAGAUGGACGAUCUACAGGCCCAGUUGAGGAAGAAGGAGGCUCAGAGGCGGCUGCAGCAGGAAGUACUGGAGAAAAACGAGGAAAGCCAGCGAACGAAGGACCGUAAGAAAGAGGAGGACAGGGAGGCUGAUAUCCUCCUCGUGGAGAAGGCCUGCAAGAAAAUGGAUCAGGAGGCUCUAGAGCGACAGAAGAAGAGGGGGAAGGAGAGGGAUCUGGACCAAGUGAGGGCCCUUGAGGAGAGAGAGAGGGAGAAGGCCGAGCAGGAAGACCAGCGCAUGAGGAAGAACCAGGAGGCCUGGGAGAACGAGUGGAGGAGGAAGGAGAGGGAGCAGGCCAGGAAGAAGGCGGACGACAGGGAGUGGUGGAAACUGGCCCGGCAGGAGCAGACGGCGGACAAAGAGCAACAGAUGGCCGUCAAGAUCGGCCGCGAGAAGACCGACUCUGAGAGGGUGCUGAGGGCCCAGAAUGAGGACUUGGCGCGGGAGAUGGGGAGGGAGGAGAGGAGGCGCCAGCGGGCGAUGCAGUACAUGCUGGACAUGCGGCAGCAGCUGAGGGAGCGGGACACGCAGGCCGUGGACCAGCGGCGGGCCGCGUCCGAGGAGCACGAGCGCAUCCUGGAGGAGGCCAUCAGCCGUCGGGUCCGCCUCAACGAGCUCAAGGCCCGCAAGCUGAUGGAGCUCAAGGCAGCUGGGAUUCCAGAAAGAUACUGCGCCAAGGUGGAGAACAAAGUCACCAUUUGAUUUCCCGCCUCGCAACCACAGUGGUUGGAAUAAAAGAAACAGAAUUCCACCAUUAAGGAUGAUAAAAAUACAACUUUGUGCAUCUUCUGUGUGGCAAAUAAGAAAUAAACAUUUCAAGACUCAA